CCGAGGUGGGGUGGGGAGCGCGGGCGAAAGAGGCUAAGGGGCUCGCGCCGUGCACGGUGCCGCCGCCGCCAUAGUAGGAGGUGAGGGUCUCUGGUGAGGAUUCAGAAUGGGAGACAAGCCUAUCUGGGAGCAGAUUGGAUCAAGCUUCGUACAACAUUACUACCAGCUUUUUGAUGCAGAUAGGACUCAGUUAGGAGCAAUAUAUAUUGAUGCAUCAUGCCUUACUUGGGAAGGACAGCAAUUCCAGGGCAAAGCAGCUAUUGUUGAAAAACUCUCUAGCCUCCCUUUCCAAAAAAUACAACACAGCAUCACAGCACAAGACCACCAACCUACACCUGACAGCUGUAUACUCAGUAUGGUAGUGGGACAGCUUAAGGCUGAUGAAGAUCCUAUAAUGGGAUUCCACCAGAUAUUUCUAUUAAAGAACAUCAAUGAUGCCUGGGUUUGCACCAAUGACAUGUUCAGGCUAGCACUGCACAACUUUGGCUGAGCUGGCAACCCCGAAGCACCCCAGCUUUAUUUUUAUUUGGUUGGUUGGGUUUUUUUUUCCUUCUCUCCUCUUACUGGUAUUAUUCACACUCACAGCACAUUCCAAAUAUCAUACACAAACCUGCAGCACUGCAGAGUGUGAGCAAAGCAAGAGCUGUGACCUUCCCUUCUGCUGAGUUUACAUUGUCAGAGAUGAGUUUCUUGUGCAUGAUGUUUGGAAGUUAGACUUAGCUGCAUUUGACAAGAGAAAUUUGUGUUGUACCAGCAUGCCUCAGAAAGAAGUAAUAAUGCAAAAGGUUGUUGUUAUGUACUGACAAGAUGCUCUAUAACCCAAAGACAUGAAAGAACAGCAGCCUGUACAGCCCAGAUACUGAUUUGUUCAGAUGUUCCAAUGCUACAUUACACAAUAAAACCUUGAGAUUUUCUUAACAGUUUAAA